AUGUCAUUGAACUUAGUUUUACCAAAUCUUGAAACACUUAAUUCACGAAAAAUUCAUCAUCUGUUGUCAUCACAAGAAAAUACAAUUACAUUUUUGCAAGAUUUAAAAUUAUUACCGCGAAUUCCUAACGUAACAGAACGAUGUGGUGAAUUUGAUAAUCAUGAUUGGUAUCUUGGAAGAUUAAAACGUUUAACGGAUGGAUACACUUUUCGAUGUCAUCGUUGCCAGGGAACAAGAUCUAUUCGAAAAGGAACAUUUUUCGAAUUAUCACAUUUAUCAUUGGACUCCAUUUUCGAACUUAUGUAUUACUGGAGUCGUGAAGAAGAUUCGAUUGCCAAAUUAAUGCAUGAAUUAAAAAUUGGAUCAAAUGGAAGGCGCUCAAACGGUAACAUGAACGUUAUUAGAUUUUUGAGUACCAUUCUUGUUGAAUAG